AUGCCUCAGUCAGUGAAGCAGAGUUGCGAGAAGAAUGGCAAGGAUCUGCACCGCCUGCGGGUGCGGGGUCUGUCAGCCACACGCGUCUGCAUUUUUGCCUCGGGUGCUUGCGGCGUGGGCUUCAAUGUGUGCCUUGCAAUAGCUCAUUAUUCUCAGCCAACAGAUCUUCAGCUUCUCUUUGCAUUUGAGUAUGUUGGGGAAAUAUAUCAUAAUCCAGCAAAGAAGGUGAAUGGAAUAGACCCAGGAGGUGGUGGUGGCAGCAGCAUCGGCAAUGCCAGUGGUCAGCAGACACCUUUGUUUGAAACUUACUCUGAUUGGGAUAGAGAAAUCAAAAGGACAGGUGCAUCAGAGUGGAGAGUUUGUUCAGUGAAUGAAGGUUAUAUGAUAUCUACUUGCCUUCCAGAAUACUUUGUGGUCCCAUCUUCCUUAGCAGAUCAAGACCUUAAGCUGUACUCCUACUCUUUUAUUGGGAGACGAAUGCCAUUAUGGUCCUGGAAUCACCCUAAUGGGAGUGCUCUUGUGAGAAUGGCCAACAUUAAAGAUGUAUUGCAGCAAAGAAAAAUCGAUCAGAGGAUUUGUAAUGCCAUAACUCGAAGCCAUCCUUUGAGAAGUGACGUUUACAAGUCUGAUCUGGACAAGUGUCUCCCCAGCAUCCAGGAAAUCCAGGCCGCGCAUAUCAAACUCAAACAGCUGUGUGUCAAUGAGCCUUUUGAAGAAACUGAAGAGAAGUGGCUGUCCUCACUGGAAAAUACUCACUGGUUAGAGUAUAUUAGAUCAUUCCUUAAGCAUUCUGCUGAGCUUGUGUAUAUGAUGGAGUGUAAGCACGUUUCUGUAGUCCUACAAGAGGAAGAGGGACGGGACCUGAGCUGUCUUGCUGCUUCUCUCAUUCAAGUCAUGCUGGAUCCCUAUUUCCGAACAAUUGUUGGAUUUCAAAGCUUAAUACAGAAGGAAUGGGUCAUGGCAGGAUACCAGUUUUUAGACAGGUGUAACCACUUAAAGAGAUCUGACAAAGAGUCUCCUUUGUUCUUGAUGUUUCUUGACUGUGUGUGGCAGCUGCUAGAACAGUACCCAGCAGCCUUCGAGUUUUCUGAAAUAUACUUGACCGUAUUGUACGACAGUGCACGUAUAUCGCUGUUUGGCACUUUCCUUUUCAAUUGUCCUCAUCAGCGAGUAAAGGAAAGCACUGAAUUUGCCAUAAGCAAAAACAUUCAGCUGGGUGAUGAGAAAGGCCUCAGAUUUCCUUGUGUUUGGGACUGGUCUCUUCAGUUCACAAGCAGGGAUCGCCUGCUCUUUCACAACCCUUUGUAUAUCGGGAAGAGUGCACCAUGUGUACAAAAUGGAGCAGUGAAAACUUUUAAACGCUCAAAGAAAAACUACAGUUCCACACUGCGAGGUGUUCCCCCAGCACUAAAAAAUGGAAUCAUCAGUGAGCAAGAGUUCCUUCCAAGAAGAAACUCUCUGAUACUAAAAAUGAAACCAGAGUUUUUACAGCAAGCAGAAAGUCAGAGUAACAGUAUGGAACAGUACUUCAGAGACUGGUUUGCAAAGCCUGUUGAUUUGCAUGGCGUCAUUCUACCCCGUAUCUCUGGAACGCAAAUAAAACUGUGGAAACUGUGCUACUUCCGUUGGGUUCCUGAGGCACAGAUUAAUCAUGGUGGCUUCAUCACUGCUUUUCAUAAAGUUUCUUUGCUGGCAGACGAAGUAGACGUGUUAAACCGGAACCUUCGGCAGUACAAAAGCAACUCUUUGCAAGGCAGCUGCUCAGAACUGGAUCAAAGCAGGAUGUACUUCAGAGCCAAUAAUAUAAAUGACACCUCUGGUGCCCCAGACUUUCUCUCCUCCUCAUUCCCAUUUUCUCCUGUAGGAAACCUAUGCAGACGGAGCAUUCUGGGAACACCUUUAAGCAAAUUUUUAAGUGGUGCCAAAAUCUGGCUAUCCACUGAGACGCUUGCGAAUGAAGACUAAGAUGAUGUGACGGUUUAAAGGUUUGGGGAGAACACAGCAUAUAAUUUUGUCUUUUCUAAGUUAACACUGCUAAAUGCGGCAUUGAAAGCUGUAAUAAUUUUUAUAUACAAACAUUAUGUAAGUUUUGCACAAAUAUUUAAAAGCCAAGAGAGUCAUGCUUCAGAUGGCAGAGUUUUGUCUUCCGUGGUUCUCAUCUACUAGGGCUUCUGGUCCCUGAUUCCUU